CUCUCCUGCAUCAAAGCCGACAGCGCAGUGGUCACGGGACUGUCAAAAGCCGCUGGCCGCCCUGUGCUCACUGUGUAAUCAGUUCUCGGCGUACCGCUACGUACCGCUACAGCGGCGCACCUCACUGAGGUAUUUGCUUCUCACUGCGCCACAGAGCGCACGGUCGGCUUUUUUUCUCCAAGCGGCGCGGCCGAAACCACACGCCGGAGCGCCAGUGAAAUCACCAACAGCCAAGAUGUCGCAGAUGCGCUGCUCGAACCCCGAGUGCCGCAGCACGGACAUCGACUUGAACGAGAGCUCGGCCGAAGCCGUCUGUGUGAGAUGUGGUACCGUGUGCGAGGAGUCGACGAUCGUCACCGCCGAGGGCACGGAAGGAUAUCUGGCCGACCGUCGACGUGAUCCCUGGGGCGGUCGGCCUCCGCCGCCCCCCUUUUUUUUUGGUGUUGGCGACACCGGGGGCAAGGAUUCACCCGUGGAGUCGAUCCACGAUGCCGCAUCCCGUGGUGACGUCGAGGCGGUCCGCCGACUGCUUGCAUCCGGAGCCUCGCCGAAUUCCUUCUGCGAGGCGCCGGAUUCCUUCCGCGAACGUCCGGAGUCCUUCUACUUUGGGGUAGACCCUCAGGGUGAAACGCCAAUUCUUGCGUUGUGCAAAGUGCGACGCUUUACGGAUGGUUGCGCGGCCUGUCUCGAGCUCCUUCGCGAUGCUGGGGCAGACUUGGAAGCGACCGAUGGUUAUGGUCUUACACCACUUCACUACGCGGCUCGCAGAGGCGACACUAAAAUGGUGUCGUUACUAGUCGAAGCGGGCGUUGAUGUUGACGCGACGACCCUUGAUAAAGAGACGGCGCUUCACUACGCGGCUCGUGGAGGCGACACUAAAAUAGUCUCGUUACUAGUCGAAGCGGGCGUUGAUGUUGACGCGAAGACCCCUGAUGAAGAGACGGCGUUGUACCUUGCAGUACGUCAUAGGGCUACCGGUUGCGUCGAAGUGCUCCUGGCCGCAGGCGCUUCUCUGAAUCUAAGAGAAGGUCACGGGCUGACGCCUUCGCUUCACUACGCGGCUCGCAGAGGAAACACUAAAAUAGUCUCGUUACUAGUCGAAGCGGGCCUUGAUGUUGACGCGAAGACCCCUGAUGGAGAGACGGCGCUGUACCUUGCAGUCUACCAUAGGGCUACCAGUUGCGUCGAAGUGCUCCUGGCCGCAGGCGCUUCUCCGAAUCUAAGAGAAGGUCACAGGCUGACGCCUUUCGACCUUGCACUCCGAAGAGAGUAUCACCGUAUGUGGCCUUUAUUUCUCCGUGCCGGGGCCGAGCUGCCUGCCGCAUAUCCUCCGGACCCGUACCUCGGGCGAGUCGUCGCCGCGGGCGGCUUCAAGAGGUAUGCGCAAGCCCACCUCGCGCGGAUCAGGCCGACUUUUGCAUCGAUGCUUCGCCUUCCGGCCCAGCCAGCCCGCCGCGUCGCGGAGUUCUGGCUGCACGCGGGGUACUACUGAGUAAGAUUUGUUGAUUGUA